AUGAAAGCGCCGUUGAGCAAAGAAAUAGUUUCGGACAGUUCAAGUUCAGAGAGCGAGGAGGAAUCGCGGCUUACGAGACAGGAUAAGCCAAAGAAAAGCAAAAAGGCCAUCGAGACAACAGAGGAAUCGAGUAUUCCCAGCUCGGGAGAGUCUUCAAGGGGCUCAACUGGUACAGAAGAUGAAGAUUCAGAAUCAGCAUCACCUGCGGAACCUGUACCACCUCCCUCUAGUAAAAAGAAGGUGACGAUACAAGAGGAGAAUACAAUUGCCCCUCUACCAUCUAAAGCAUUUAAGCCUCCACCAGGAUUCCAGUUCAUGCAGAAAUCUUCCUCCCAGCCCAGCGAUAUAUCACAGCUUCUCUCCAACCUUGACGGCAAGCAGUUAUGGCAUAUAACAGCCCCCAUGGGAGUUCCGGUAUCGUCGAUAGAGAGCCUUGCUGUGAAUGCCAUCUCAGGUGGAGAGCCAGUCCUGACACACAAGGGAACUGCCUACCGACUACAGGAGAACCAGCUAGGGGCCGAGAAGCAGAAAUCGCUGCUUAUUCCAGGUAAGGAUGGUAAUGUCUACCGCCGGCAAAGACGCCCUGUCUCCAGAACAUACCGUCUCGAGCAGGUCGUCAGUAUCCCACACGGAGAUAACUUCCAUGCCAACGGAUCCGUGGACAUAUCAGCCUUGACGAAAAGGCCACCAAAGCAGCCCCAAAAUCUACGAAUGCGCUACAAGCCGUUUGGGUCGGCAGAUCAGCUUCCAGAAACAAUUGGGUUAAGCGACAGCGAGCCAGAGCCAGAGGACAAGCAGUUCAAAGUGCCCAAGGGAGCCGAUAUAGAUCGAAAGCACAAGAAGAGAAAGCAGGAUAUCGAGGGCGAUGAAGAGCCAGCCAGUUCGGCGCGAGAGAGCCCGAAGAAGAGACAGUCUCUUCCGAUACGGGAAGACGGCGAGCAGAAGAAGCAGAAGAAGUCCAAGAAGAGCAUAGAAGGCAGACAAAAGGCAGACAGCCCUGAAGCCCAAAAGAAAAACAGCAAGAAAAAACACAGAGACGAGAUUGAUGAAGAGCGAAAAGUACGCAAGGAAGAGAAGCGGCGGAAGAGACAGUCGGAAGCUAUGUAA